CACAGCGACAGUUUCUGUUUUUGCUGAGGGAGCCCGUUACGGCAUGCAGUCGGCUGGGGAGUACACCGCAACCUCCGCACGGUCCGCCACGCUCUGAACUAAGCUAUGGCGCCCUGGUCUUUGCCGCUCUCGUCUCUUCUGAAACACACGGACUGUCUGCAGAGGGCCAAUAUUUUCUGUAAUGUCGUACAGGGGUUACACCACCACUACCACCCGGUAAGGUCUCGGUUAUGGAAACGGAAUUUCAGAGCGGUGUCCCAGGGAGUUGGUCAGCUACUCUCCCACGAGCCCAGAGCCGGAAAGUGCGCAGCAUCUGUUUGUAGCAGCUCCUUAGAUGGUCAGAACACGACAGAGAGGCUGUGGUCUGUUUACGAUGAGACCAAAAGACAAACUGGAGAUCUGAUCUCUGUUAUAACUGCCAACUCUGUCGACCCAGACACUAUUUUUGCCAACAAUGAGAUGAGCCUGCGAGACAUAGAGAUCUACGGGUUCGACUAUGACUACACUCUGGCAUUCUACUCCAGCCAUCUCCACACUCUCAUCUUCAACAUAGCACGGGACAUCCUCGUCACUAACCACCGGUAUCCAGAGGGUCUGCGAAAGUACGAAUACAUUCCAAAUUUUGCUGUAAGAGGACUUCACUAUGACGUCCAAAAGGCAUUACUGAUGAAGAUAGAUGCUUUUCACUAUAUCCAGUUGGGAACUGUAUACAGAGGUCUUCAUCCAGUUCCUGACGAAGAAGUAAUUGCCAUGUAUGAAGGCUGCCAUGUUCCUCUGGAGAUCAUGAGUGACUUCUAUGGCAAGAGUUCACAUGGCCAUACGAUGAAACAGUUCAUGGACAUAUUCUCCCUGCCUGAGAUGACCCUUCUGUCGUGUGUCAACGACUUCUUCAUGAGGCACAACAUCGACUAUGAGCCAGUCCAUCUCUACAAAGAUGUAAAGGAAGCUAUUAGGGAUGUUCAUGUCAAGGGCAUAAUGUACCGAGCUGUGGAGGCGGAUAUUGAGAAGUACAUUUGCUAUGGUGAGCAAAGCCACGCUGUGCUGAAGAAGCUGUCAGCGCAAGGAAAAAAGAUGUUCCUCAUUACCAAUAGCCCUUUUGACUUUGUGGAUCGAGGAAUGAACUACAUCGUAGGAAAAGACUGGAGGGACUUGUUUGAUGUUGUCAUUGUUCAAGCUGAUAAACCUAGUUUCUUUAAUGACAGGAGGAAACCUUUCAGGCGAGUAACAGACAAAGGUGUGCUGCUGUGGGACAGAAUUCACAGGCUGGAAAAAGGGCAGAUCUAUAAACAGGGAAACCUUUAUGAAUUCCUCAGGCUGACCGGCUGGAGAGGAUCCAAAGUACUCUACUUUGGAGAUCACAUCUACAGUGACUUGGCAGAUCUAACACUGAAACAUGGCUGGAGGACGGGUGCCAUCAUUCCUGAGCUGAGGAAGGAGAUUAAGAUCAUGAAUACACCAGAGUACGUCCACAUGGUGACCUGGUUACAGUCACUGACUGGACUUAUUGAACAGAUGCAGGUGCACAGGGAUCCAACGUCUCGAGCUGUGGUCGAGGAGUGGAUCAAAGAAAGAGAAGCCAUGAAGCCUCAGACCAAGGACAUCUUCAAUGCUCAGUUUGGAAGUCUCUUUCGAACAUACCACAACCCCACUUACUUCUCACGCCGACUCUCGCGCUUCGCUGACAUCUACAUGGCCUCCAUCAGCUGCCUGCUCAACUACGACUUCCAGCACACCUUUUUCCCUCGCCGUACUCCUCUGCAGCACGAAGCCCCCUACUGGCCUGAGCACGGUUCUGCCGGCUUAGGUGUCUCCUCUCCAGCUCCACAGGACCAAAGCAGAGUGUGAUUAGCAACAGAAAACCACCGUAAAAAGCAAAACACAGAGGCUGAAUGAUCUCCAUCAUUCAUUCAUUUAUUUAAUUUUAUUUUCUUCAGUUUUGAGUUACUGUAUUUUAGAGAGGCACGCCACAUUUUGAAGUGAGCUCCAAUGGUGACAGUUGAUGUAAACUGUUUAUGAAAUUUGUGCUUUAAAUUAGUAAUUUAUGUCCUUGUAAAACAUCAAGUCUUAAGAUGAGUAGUUUGUGUUUGACAGAAUUGUUUAAUUAAACAAAUAGAUGAUUUUAUGCAGUAUAAACAACAGGGGGCAGUCACGCACCAUGUUUUUUUUUUUUCUCCUAUUUCGAGCUGUGAAUUGCACACAAAUCAUCUAUGCCUUUUUUGUCCUUUGCAUCUGUGGGUGUAAUGGAUAUUUACAGUUACAUUACAGACUGCGUUGCCUUAAUCCCUUUGUUUACGUUACUGCAGUAUUUUUUUGGCAACACCCUGAUAUAACUUAUUGCAAUUAGCUUUUUCAGAAAAACAUUUGCCAGCCACAAUCUCCGUUGAUGUCGUUAUUUGCUGCACAUUGUCAAGCAAACUGCACUUUGAUGUUCUGAGACGUUUAAUAGUUUUAGGAAUUCUCACACAGCACAGCCUGUAUGUCUCAUUUUAGCACAUGAGAAAUGUUCAAUUUUCUCAGGAGAAAAAAAAAUAGAACAUCAUCGCUAUAUUUAGCAUGAAUGUUGCUUUUUGAUGUGUGAAGGAAGCUGCGUUUUGGGUUUGUUAGGUUUGACACUUUUGUAGGAGAUGAGUGAAAUGUUUUGUGCUGCAACCGUGGCUAUAUUUUAUAUAUAUAUAUAUAUGCUGGAGUUUUUAAAUAUAAUAUUAAAAAAGGAAUAUCAAAGGGAAAAUUACAGUGGCCACAACCAUGACCUCAUAGUCUGUGUCUGUAGUUUAAAUGAUGUGUUUAUGAAGUGUUUACUUAUGGUUUAUUUCAUUAUUUAUUAAACUGGAAAUGGCCUGAUCCUAA